AUGGAAUCUCAAGAAGAAUCUAGUUCGAGCCUUCAAAAAAGUAUAUACACUAACGAAACUGAUAGUGAAAAUGAUAGUAAUGAUAUACCUUCAAUUACAAACAUAUUAACUGGACCUAAAAAAAAGAGAAAUAGAAAUGGAAAAAAAGAUGUAUAUCAAGUUAUGGUUAAAAAAAUGGAGAAGACAAAAAAUGUGAAACAGAAUACUUCCAUGACAAUUCAACAUCAAAUAUGA